CCGCUCCGCUCCCCUCCUCUCCGCGCUGGGAAAAGCGCGCUGUCGCCCGAGGACAGGCCCAGAGCCGGAAACCCGCGUAGGAAGGCUUCCGAGGCGCCAAGCCAGCUCUCAUCUCCUGGGUGGAGGAAGAGGCCGACCUGUGGGGCCCGGCGGCCCGGGAUCCGGAGGCGGGAGCGUGUCCGCCAGCAGCGGACGCAGGUGACGUGUUGGGGACUGCGUUCCCGGGGACCGCCUCUGGGCCAGAGCCGUCCAGCUGCCCUCGGCCAACACCCUCCCUGCGCCUCCUGUUCUUCCCUGAGUUGCUUUCCCCGCUGAGGUUUCCCUGCCGGCCCCGGCCUCCCUGCAGGGUUCGGCCCCGAAAGGGGCUGGGAGGGUGGCCCCCGCCUCUGCUCGCGCGCAGCACCUAGCGCACCUGCCUCUCCCGCGCGUCUGCGCCCCUCUCCUCUUGUGGAAGCUCUGUGGGGCGUCCCCUCGUGCAGCUCCCCUGCACUCCAGCUGCUCUGCCACCUCUUGGGUUUCCGGACCCUUUCGUUCCGUUGCCGUUUUGCGGGCGCCUCCUUCCUCUUGGGUCCCACUGUUUACUUCCUCGUUUGUCCUGGCACUGUCACCCUCCCUUGAACUUGUCAGUGCCGGCCACCUUCCUGCCUCUCCUCCACUGAUCCUGCUGCCCGGAGUGUCCUGAGACCUCCACUCAUCCUCCGUGACCCGGCGGAGAUGUCCCCUCUGCUCCGAUUUCCCCAGCUCCGAGGCAGAAGGUAUGGUGCCUCUUCCUUCCUUCCUUCCUUCGUCUCCGGGUCUCUUCGUCCUCUGCAGCCCAGGAGAAGGUGCCACGCCGAGCUUCCCUGCCUGUCCCCAGCCGAGUCCCAGAGGCUGCAGUGGGUCCAGAAGGUGGCUGUGUCUAGAAGGCUUUUCUGUCACCAUUUGAGGUUUGGCCUUAAGGACCAGGAUAAGCCAGGGUCUGAGCUCUCCCCUUACCUCCCAGCAGGUUCCAGAAACAAAGAAGAGAAAAGGCAAGGAGAAGGGACUGAGGCCCUGGAGAAGAGCCUUUCUGUGGAAGCCGGGCCUCCUGGAUUGAAGGCUCUAAUGCACAGGUCUUCUGCCGGGCUCCCUUAUAGCGUGGAGCAGCCAUCCAAGGCACCUCGCCGGGGUCGCCCCCGACUCUGUGCCCACGCCCCUGUCCCAAGAGCCGACCAGCGUCAUGGCUGCUCCAUGUGUGGGAAGAGUUUUGCCUGGCGCUCUACGCUGGUGGAGCACCAGUACACGCACACGGGUGAAAAGCCCUUCCGCUGCCCGGACUGUGGCAAGGGCUUCAGCCAGGCCUCCUCUCUGAGCAAGCACCGGGCCAUCCACCGCGGGGAGCGGCCCCACCGCUGCCGGGACUGUGGCCGGGCCUUCACCCAGCGCUCUGCCCUCACCACUCACCUUCGGGUCCACACGGGCGAGAAGCCCUACUGCUGUGCCGACUGCGGCCGCUGCUUUAGCCAGAGCUCUGCCCUCUACCAGCACCAGCGGGUCCACAGUGGCGAGACUCCCUUCCCCUGCCCAGACUGUGGCCGCGCCUUUGCACAUGCGUCAGACCUUCGGCGCCACAUUCGCACGCACACAGGCGAGAAGCCCUACCCGUGCCCGGACUGUGGGCGCUGUUUCCGGCAGAGCUCCGAAAUGGCAGCCCAUCGGCGUACCCACAGCGGUGAACGCCCCUACCCCUGUCCCCAGUGCGGCCGGUGCUUCGGCCAGAAGUCAGCCAUGGCCAAGCACCAGUGGGUCCACAGGCCCGGCGCCGGGGGGCACAGGGGCCGGGGUGCCAGUGUGUUGCCUGUGCCUCUGGCCUCCAGCCAAGAGGACCUGGACCCACCUGUCAGCUUCCAGCACUACCCAGAAAUAUUCCAGGAGUGUGGGUGAUGGUCUCAAAGAUGUCCAGGCAAAGGGUGACGAUCUAGACAUUGCCUGAGCCCCAGGUUGGGCUCAGGGGCCUGAACUUCUGUGGCAGCUCUAAGGAGGUCCCAGAAUUCCAGGCAAAAGGUGGACCUGGGGAAUGAGGACCCUUUUCUCUUAGGCCUUCACAAGCUUGAUCAGCCGCCACCUUGCUCCCUGUGGUCCCAGACCCUAGACACCCCUCUGUUCCGUGAGGGCUGAGCUAAGCACAUGCACAAGACCUCCGCUGUGGGGAAGGAAAAGCUGGUUUCCCACUUAGACACGUUAAGAGGAUUGAGGGAGAAGGGACGUUUGCUGUAUCCGUUGUCUUACUGCCGGAGUGAAAAACUGAUGGCCACGAAUCUGGCUUGUAGCAACCUUUCACAAACUCUUUUGGGUCCAACCAACAUUUAAAAAUGUUACAGAUCAUGCUUAAGACUUAAAAGGAUAUUUCACACAAAAA